GCCUCGGCGUUGUAUCCUCAGCUCAUGCCCCGAAAGCAGGUCCUAACUCCGGGUCCGACAGACGUGUAGCUCGGUCCGCUUCAACACCUCCCGCAGCCAGGCCGCCCGUGACGCGAUACGCCUGCGCCGCCGCGCUGCCCCGUGACGUCACGACGCCCGCGCCGCCGCCGUCGCCUCCGCUGUCGCACGAGGCUUGCCCUAGUAACCUGGGCAAUAGCUGUGGAUAUUCACAGGAAUUGUCUUCAGUCAUGGCUUUGGGAUUAAAGUGCUUCCGCUUGAUGCAUCCUGCCUUUUGCAAUUACCUUGCAGCCUUGACCAGACCUGUUUCAAAUAUUACACUGAAGACAGUGAGUGGAAGACAACAUGACCAUAAGCAACACAUGGCCUAUUCAGCUGUACCAGUUCGCCACUUUGCAACCAAGAAAGCCAAAGCUAAAGGAAAAGGACUGUCCCAAACCAGAGUGAAUAUUAACAUAACCUUGGUUGAGGAUAUAAUAAACUUGGAAGAGGUGGAUGAAGAAAUGAAAUCUGUGAUAGAAGCACUUAAGGAUAAUUUCAAUAAGACUCUCAAUAUAAGGACCUCACCAGGAUCCCUUGAUCAUAUUACUGUGGUAACUACUGAUGGGAAGCUUGCUUUAAACCAGAUCAGCCAGAUCUCCAUGAAGUCGCCACAGUUGAUUUUGGUGAAUAUGGCCAGCUUCCCAGAGUGUACAGCUGCAGCUAUCAAGGCUAUAAGAGAAAGUGGAAUGAAUCUGAACCCAGAAGUGGAAGGGACACUAAUUCGGGUACCUAUUCCCAUAGUAACCAGGGAGCACAGGGAAAUGCUGGUGAAACUGGCCAAACAGAACACCAACAAGGCCAAGGACUCUUUACGGAGGGUUCGCACCAAUGCGAUGAAUAAGCUGAAGAAAUCAAAAGACAAGACUUCGGAAGAUACCAUUAGGCUCAUAGAGAAGCAGAUCAGCCAAAUGGCCGAUGACACAGUUGCAGAGCUAGACAAGCAUCUGGCAGUGAAGACCAAAGAACUCCUUGGAUGAAAGUCUGUCAGAGCCCAACCACACAACAGCCAGUUUCUGGUGGAUCCCAUGGGGGCAAAUUGGCACUUCCCCCCCCCCCCACCCCGUCUCCAUCCACGUGGAAGUCUGUCACUGUGCUGUCAGUGCAGGGAAGGCUAUGCCUUCCAGUGGGAUACUCAGAUCUGCUCAUUCUCUUCCAUCUUCCCCCUGCUCACCCCAUUCUACUCUGAGCCUUCUGGCCUGAUUAGCCCUCAGAGAACAUCUACUGCUGGCAGAGCGUCUUUACUUGGGCAUUUGCCUUGACCACGAUGUCUCCAAGGGAUGGGGAUCAUUAGCAGGCUUUGAACUGCCUGCUCCUCAUCUCAGGAGCCUCCUUUUUCAAACAGUAAAUCAAGCCCUGUUCCUAAUUUUAAACUCUGUUCAGACUGAUGUGGGCCUUCCACUGUGACUGAACCCCUUUGCUAGAGGCCCAUUUCCACUAAAUGAAAAAAUUAUAAAAAAUCGGAAAGAAUAACAGUUACAAAGGAAAGGACAUAGUUGGUUGGGGUGGAUGAUCUCUAAGUACCUAUAUUUAAAGCAACCAAGAACAGCUUUUGCCUCUGGAUCAACUUCAUGCAUGCUCCAUUCUCUGCCUGGAUCAUUUUUCUACUCCUCAUCAACAGGCCAGGCCUGUUUACUUUUCUUAUCAUGUCAUCUGGGAAUCCUUCCUUUACCCCCUAACCUAAAACCCUCACUGUUGGCUCUCAGUUCAAUCUAAUGCUUUUAUUUGUACCCAAACUAUGAUUAUUAUUAUUUUGCCAGUUAGUCUGUGACUUGGCAUAAUACCCGGAACAUAGAAGGCAUUCAUAUUUUCGCAUUGUGAAUAAGUUGCACAUAGUAGCUACCUAAUAAAUGCUGUUUUUUUCUGUGA